CAGCUGGAAGGCAAUCGGCACUGGCAGCCCCCCUCAUUGCACCCACCUCCCCCAUCGCAUUGCCACAGCUGACCUCUCCUUCUCAGUCUUGGAACAGCACCCACUUCUUUAAGAUGGAGUCUUGCUCUGUCACCCAGGCUGUAGUGCAGUGUCACAAUCUCAGCUCUCUGCAACCUCCACCUCCCAGGUUCAAGCAAUUCUCCCACCUCAGCCUCCCGAGCAGCUGGAACUACAGACAUGUGCCACUGGGAAGCUGGCCGAGCGAGGUGGCUCACACCUGUAAUCCCAGCACUUUGGGAGGCUGAGGCGGGUGCAUCACGAGGUCAAGAGAUCCAGACCAUCCUGGCCAACAAGGGAAGCUCACUCCACCCAUGUCUUCAAUCCCACCCUCCCCAGCCUGGAAGCCCUGUACCCUCCUGGUCUCAUCUGGUCACAGCAAGUUAGAGGUGGAAAGAACGCAACACGGACCCUUCUGUUUACCCAUAUACUGCCCAUAGCCAGGAGUGAUGCCCAAACCCUACCCAGCCUUCCACACUACAUUCCUUUUCCAAGACUUUUCUGGGUUAGUUUGCGUUCCAGCCCAGUGAUUUUCUUCUUAUUGGACGGGCCCCUCUUUUGCAUCCCAAGUCUGGCUUAGGCAGGUCCCUGAAGUCAGUAAACACCUUCGGUGCCCCUCAGCUGACUUUUUGACCAUGGAACACCAUCAGCCUGAGCAUCCAGCCCCUGGUAAGGCCGGGACUGCAGAAGCAGUCAUCCCUGAAAACCAUGAGGUCCCGGCAGGCCCAGAUGAGCACCCUCAGGACACAGAUACAAGAGAUGCUGAUGGGGAGGCUGGAGAACAGGAGCCAGCAGACCAAGCUUUGCUGCCUGGCCAGUGUGGGGACAACCUUGAGUCCCCUACACCUGAAGCUAGCUCAAGUCCCCCGGGGCCAACCCUUGGGACAGUGCCUGAAGUAGAGACAAUGAGGGCAUGCUCCACGCCCCAGGAGCUUCCUCGGUCCCCCAGGACCCGACAGCCUGAGCCAGAUUUCUACUGUGUCAAGUGGAUCCCUUGGAAAGGAGAACGGACACCCAUCAUUACGCAGAGCACUAACGGCCCUUGCCCUCUCCUUGCCAUCAUGAACAUCCUUUUUCUUCAGUGGAAGGUGAAGCUUCCCCCGCAGAAGGAAGUGAUCACAUCGGAUGAGCUCAUGGCCCAUCUUGGAAACUGCCUGCUGUCCAUCAGGCCCCACGAGACGUCAGAGGGACUGCAGCUUAAUUUCCAGCAGAAUGUGGAUGAUGCAAUGACAGUGCUGCCUAAACUGGCCACAGGUCUGGAUGUCAAUGUCCGGUUCACAGGCGUUUCCGAUUUUGAGUACACACCCGAGUGCAGCGUCUUUGACCUCCUAGGCAUACCUCUGUACCAUGGCUGGCUUGUGGAUCCACAGAGUCCUGAGGCUGUGCGUGCAGUUGGGAAGCUGAGUUACAACCAGCUGGUGGAGAAGAUCAUCACCUGCAAACACUCCAGUGACACCAACCUCGUGACAGAAGGCCUGAUUGCGGAGCAGUUCCUGGAGACCACGGCGGCCCAGCUGACCUACCACGGGCUGUGUGAGCUGACCACAGGUGCUAAGGAGGGAGAACUUAGCGUCUUUUUCCGAAACAACCACUUUAGCACCAUGACUAAGCACAAGAGUCACUUGUACCUACUGGUCACUGACCAGGGCUUUCUACAGGAGGAGCAAGUCGUAUGGGAGAGCCUGCACAAUGUGGAUGGAGACAGCUGCUUCUGUGACUCCGACUUUCACCUGAGUCAUUCCCUGGGCAAGGGGCCUGGAGCAGAAGGUGGGAGUGGCUCCCCAGAAAAGCAGCUGCAGGUAGACCAGGACUACCUGAUUGCUCUGUCCCUGCAGCAGCAGCCACAAGGCGCGCUGGGGCUUACCGACUUGGAGCUGGCCCAGCAGCUUCAGCAGGAGGAGUAUCAGCAGCAGCAGGCAGCACAGCCAGUGUGGACGCGGACGCGGGCCCUGUCACUGCAGGGUAGAGGAGCCACAUCUGGACGCCCAGCUGGGGAGCGUCGGCAGAGGCCGAAGCAUGAGUCAGACUGCAUUCUGCUUUAAGUCUGCCCCACUGCCAGCCUGGCCUGCCCCUUCUUCAGAGGCUAUGGCUGGUUGGCUUGUUCUCCCGCCUCUACCCUUGAGAUGUGCAGGGUAACUUAUUCAUGGACUGUUGGGGAUCAGAGCAGGUGACAAAUGCAAAGGUCAGACUUGGUAAUGUCCUUGACCUCAUGUGCUGCUGCCUUCUCGGCAUCCCACCCAGGGCAACACUGGGACUGAUGGGUUUCUGGUUCUCAAUGCCUGGUCCCUGAAUAGUCACACAUUUAUACAGACUGAGGCUCUGUGGAGGUCUCUAUCUGGAAUGCAUCUCUCCUGCAUCCCAUCCCUGCUGCCUGGAUGCUCCUGGCCACACAGCCAGGCCUGUCUCCAGUUGUUUCAAGACUUAAUUUGGGUUUCUAUCUCUGUUAUUUGUAAUGCCUUCCUGGGGUUUGGAAAUAAAAUUUCUGGUCAGUU